AAAUUUCACAAGAGCCACACAAAAGUUUUUGUUAUUUCUUUCCUUCUCUCCGUAAACUAUUAUUCUUCUAAGAAAUUUAGUGCUCACCAAUGUCACUCUCUUUAUCUUCCAACAUUUGUAAGCCAUUCCCAAGUCCUCAAAUAUCUUCAACGGUGGUUUAUCUACAACCUAUCAUCGGAAUUCAAACUCGAACUCAAACCCGAACCCGAACCGAUGGCUUUGCGUCCAAGUGUGAGCUGAAUGAACAAUCAUUCCCUGAAGAGACUACAAAGAAAGAUGCGUCUAAAUUGAGCAUAGGCUCUCCAGUUAUCAUUACUGAAGCUCCUCAAAUGAUUAAAACUGCUGCUUCUGUUCCUUGCCUUAGAGUCAAUAGUGGUUUAGUUAACACCGGCGAUGUUGGAAGGAUUAUUUCUAGGAAACCUAUGGAUGUAUGGGCUGUACGUUUGAGCAUUGGAACAUAUCUUAUCGACAGGAAAUAUUUCAAGCCUCUCGAAUUAGAUGAAUGAUGGAGCUUUUUUCGGUUUACAAGGCUGUCGAGGUCUCUUAUAGUCUUAUUCAAGCAACUUAUGGUCAUUAUUCAUUAAUUAAUAUGAUGUAAACAUCCGAUAAUAAUGACAAAAUGUCAUAAUUCACUAAUUUCAUUAUGUGAAAUUAUAGUGAAUUUCAUUAUACGAAUUGAAGUACUACGCACUAUUGAAACAGAUACUUAUAACUUGCAAGAUGUACUGUUAAUAAAAAGGUACGAGUACUAUGUAUAACUGUAAAAGUAGAUAAAAUCAUAAAGUUCUAAAUUCUUUAGACA